AUGAAGGAAGUGAUUAAGAUGAAGGAUCCUCAAGGUUUACCGAAUUUCAUUGCAGCUGUGUUACGGAUGGAGAAGAGUGCCUUUUGCAAAGUUGUGAGUAAGGUUGGUCAUGAGGAGGUUGCAGUUACUACGAAAUCCAAUAAUACUUAUCGUGGUGCAUGUAGUAACACUGGAGGUAGAGUUUUGGAUAGGCAGAGAAGCAAUACCGGAGGUAAUAAAGAGAAUGAAGUGUAUCAUCAGUCAUUUCAGAGACAGAGGGAUGGAGUUGCUACUGAUGCUGCCAAGACUGAAGCUAUGGUGAAGUGGCCUACACCUAAGACGGUGAAGCAGUUGCUUGGGUUCUUGGGUCUAAUAGGCUAUAAUCGGAGGUUUGUAAGAGAUUAUGCGUGA